UUACUUGUAUUUAUUGUUGUUCAAUCAUGUUAAUAACUUCAUAGUACCACCAAGCACAUCUACACCCUAACUGAUCCACGCAUACAAUUCUCAAAAAUGUCGAUGGUCUCAAUUGAAUUUUUACUAGGUUACGAACCGGUUAACAAAUUUUGCCCAACAUAAGUAAAAUCAAAUGACCUCUUCCCCAUUCUCUAAACUGCUCUCAGUUUGAAUUCUGUCUCACUCUCACUCUCAAACUCUACUUUCAACUUUAGUAAUGGGUUCAGUUGAUGGUAAGUGGGGUGAUGAUGAUGAGUACUCAGUGAUUGGAGAUAAAGGUGAAAUAGGGUUUAUUGAUUACCAAGAUGAUAGAUCUGUUUGUAGUUAUGAUCCUAUUGAAGAGGGUCCUAUUGUAAUUUCCGUUCCAUUCCCGUUCGAAAAUGGGAAGCCUCAAUCUGUGAUUGUUGGAGAAACUGCUUCACAUUCAAUCACUAUUAGGAACACCACUGAUGAAGCAGUUGAUUUGUGGACUAAAAUUUACGCGUCGAAUCCCGAGAACUCGUUUACUCUCUCUUUGAUGAAGCCUCCGUCGGGGAAUGAUGGGAACAGCGGCGGUGGUUUUGUUGAGUCUUAUGACCUUGAGGAUAGAAUGCUUCAGCCGGGUGACACGUUAACGGUUUGGCUAAAUUGCAAACCGCCGGAAAUUGGAAUGUACAGCACAGCUGUGCAUUUUGAUGUGGGCGAUGAUAAUAUUGAACGGGUGGUUAUUCUAUUGGCGGAAGAUAAGAUAUCGAGGUCUUUGGCUUCGAGAAAGCGAUAUUGUAGAACUACGAAAAAGAAGCAUUUUGCUGUUGACACCUUCGUGGAAGGUUCUCGUCCUAUCAGGAAAGCAGGCCGGCCAGUAAAAAGUAGGCUUCCUCGUUAUGAUAUCCCAAGGGAAGAUCGAGAAUUGAUUGAGAGCGAGCAGGUCCCUGACGUUAUAAUGGAAGGUUUAACAAGAAAGAAUUAUGCUUCCUACUUCAAAACCUUGUUGAUCAUGGAAGAAAUACAAUUGGAGGAAGACAUGAGAUCUUACAAUAUGGAGGCUGUUAAGAUGAGGAGAAGGGGGAAUUUCCUGUCCCUCGUCGUUUUAGGGCUUGCUGAGCGGAGACCUUCACUUGUCUACGGAGAUUACAUCUUUGUCAAGCCCUCAAAUGAUGAUGAACUAACCCAACCUUAUCAGGGCUUUAUUCAUCGUGUUGAGACUGAUGAAGUGUAUUUAAAGUUUGACCCGCAAUUUCACUCCAUGCAUUCGGAUGGAAAUCUGUAUGAUGUACACUUCACUUAUAAUCGAGUCAACAUGAGAAGACAGUAUCAGGCUGUAGAUGCUGCUGAUAAUUUGGAAACAACAAUCCUUUUUCCAUCUGAGUCCUCUGGAAAUAGGUUUAUUGAAACUAAAACAACUCUGGUGCCUAUAACUUGUAAUCUUAAUGAAGAGCAGAUGUGUUCGAUAGAGAUGAUCCUAGGUUGUAGAGGGGCCCCACCCUAUAUGAUUUAUGGCCCUCCUGGGACUGGUAAAACUAUGACAAUAGUAGAGGCAAUUCUUCAGCUAUAUGCAAAUCGAAGAAAUUCACGGAUUCUUGUGUGCGCGCCGUCAAAUAAUGCAGCGGAUCACUUGCUUGACAAGCUUCUGUCUGAGAAGGCUAUCAAAGUACAGGAAAAUGAAAUUUUCCGACUUAAUGCGACUUCCCGACCAUAUGAAGAUGUCAAGCCUGAUCAUAUUCGCUUUUGUUUCUUUGAUGAGAAUCUCUUCAAAUGUCCUCCACUCGGCGCUCUCACACGCUUUAGGAUCAUAAUAUCGACUUAUAUGAGUGCUUGUCAUUUAUUUUCUGAGGGUGUUAAACGAGGCCAUUUCUCUCAUAUUUUUCUCGAUGAGGCUGGCCAAGCUUCGGAGCCAGAAAGCAUGAUCCCUAUAUCCAACCUCUGCCGUAGGGAUACAGUGGUUGUUCUUGCUGGAGACCCAAUGCAAUUAGGUCCUGUAAUCUACUCGAGAAAUGCCGGGGCUCAUGGAUUAAGCAAAUCAUACUUGCAAAGGCUUUAUGAGUGCGAGUAUUACGCCAAUGGAGACGCAAAUUACGUAACAAAUUUGGUUAGAAACUAUAGGUGCCACCCAGAUAUCCUGCAGCUACCUUCAGACUUGUUCUAUGAUGGGAUUUUGAUUGCGAGCAAAGAGUCCAAUGAGGACACAGUUUCCCUAUUAUCUUCUGUAAAUCUGCUUCCUGGCAGGGAAUUUCCAGUUCUCUUCUUUGGUAUACAAGGGUGUGAUGAAAGGGAAGGAAAUAACCCGUCAUGGUUUAACCGAAUUGAAGCUAGCAAGGUGGUGGAGAUCACAAUCAAACUAAUUGAAAGGGGGAAUUUGAAUGAGUCUGAUAUAGGGAUCAUUACACCUUAUAGGCAGCAAGUUACUAAACUAAAGAAGGCCUUUGAGGAUUUAGAUAUGCCCGACAUAAAAGUUGGCAGUGUCGAACAGUUUCAAGGACAGGAAAGGAAAGUUAUUGUCGUUUCCACCGUUAGAUCAACAGUGAAACACAAUGAGUCUGACAAAGUUCAUUGUUUGGGUUUCUUAAGCAAUCCAAAAAGGUUUAAUGUGGCUAUUACCCGUGCUAUACUGCUGCUAGUCAUUAUCGGAAAUCCACACAUCAUCAACCAGGACACAUACUGGAGUAAGCUUUUAUGGUAUUGUGCAGACAACAACUCUUAUCAGGGCUGUAGUCUGCCAGAAAGAGAGGAUUAUGUUGAUGGAGAUCAGACAUAUGAAGAUGGUGCCGGCUAUGAUUACCAUGACGACAAAAACCCUAGCUGCUCUGACGAGGUUGGAUGGAAUCAAGACUCCUAUCAAACAGAAGUUCCAAAACCUUGUACAGAUGAAACUGAGUGGUCUGAUGGUUGGAAGUAAAAUGUGCUAAUUUCUUUUUUGAUGCUUAGAUAAGAUGUUCCUAUGUUUUUGAUGGUGGAAGGUUGCCAUGGAAAUAAUUGUGGCAAUUUGAGUACAACCAUGUAGUGAUGUAAUACCACCGUGAACAUUAGAGAGAACCGUGAACAUUAGAGAGAGCUAAGAAAAAGAGGCGAUUUAGUUCUAACUUCUACGUACUCUAAAAUACUUAUACAGACUAUGUAUCAAACUCGAGUCUCGAUUCUCAGUUUCAGAGACUAUACAGAGAACAAUGUUAUCAUUUUCAAGCAAA